GAUAUAUAAGCAAAUGAGAUUGAGAUCCCGUGCAAUACCCUAGGUAUUGCACCGGGUGCAAUAGCACAAAUCUCAGCCGUAUAUUUGAUCCAAAACUCAUUAUUUUGACACGUAAGAGAUCCGGCUUAGCAAUCCGUGUGCUUUCAAUUUCUCCCGCUUACUCUUUUUCGUUUCAGCUACCAAAUCAGAAUUUCAGUAAAACUCUCUCUCUUCUCUCUUUCUUUCCCACUUCAACUGGGUUUCUCUUUCUCUCUCCCCUAACGCUCACUCUCUCAAAAAAGUUGAUACUUUUGGGUUUGAUCUAGAGAGUGACGUGAGAUUGAGAGACAGAGAAAGAGAUUUUGGUUAGAAGAAGCCACCAUCGGAGGUGGUGGUGAGUGGUGGUUGUGAUGAGCCAUAGUGAGGCUGACUUGGGCUUGUUUCAGAGACCACCGACAGGAUGACAUAGAAGCCAAGCCUACUCAACCUACCGUAGAGUUGGAUUCGUUCAUGAAUUUUUUUUUUUUGGAGAAAUUGUUCAUGUAAUUUUAAAUAUAAAGAACAUGACUCAUAUGUAUUUCAUAUGUAUUUUGGUUGGGAUCAGAGUAGUUAUUGAUCCUUAGGAGUUAGGACACUCUUUCUAUCUUAAGCAAAUGCGAGCCCAGUCCAAUAAAAACCAAUGUGCCCGGUCCAAUAAAAACCACAACUUUACUUUGCAUCUCACUGUCUUUUGCCGCUUUUGUUCCAAAGUUUGCCUUUUAAGUCUCUUCAAUUCACUUUACAUGCAAUUCUGUUUCUCGAGUUUCUUUAUUUUCAAUUAGUUAAAUCCAUUUUAAGCUCUGGUUCUCUUGUAUUUUCAAUGAAAGCUCAAAGCUUGGUUUCUGGGUUUUGCUCAAACCCAACAACCCCAUCAAUUUCAAACACCAAAAAAUCAUUCUUUCAGGCACCAACUCCUUCUUCAGCAUAUUUUUCACAAUCCCGCAAAUGGGUAUCCUUUAAAAUCCAACAUUCAGCUCUACAAAGGGUGUGGUAUAAUAAGCAGAAUGGUGUAGAAGAAGUAAAGGAUGGUACUUCUCAUGGGAACGAUUUGGAAAAUGGGGUCAGAAGGAAAAAGCUUGCAGUUUUCGUCUCAGGUGGAGGGUCGAACUUCAAGUCCAUUCAUGAAGCUUCUCUUGGAGGAUCAGUUCAUGGAGAUAUCGUUGUUUUGGUCACAAAUAAACGAGGCUGUGGAGGUUCAGUGUAUGCAAGAGACAAUGGCAUCCCAGUUGUUUUGUUCCCCAAAACAAAAGAUGAACCUGAUGGAUUAGCUCCAAAUGACCUUGUAGCUGAGCUUAGGAAAUUUGAGGUUGACUUUGUACUUCUAGCGGGAUAUCUAAAGCUUAUACCGGUAGAGUUGAUCCGAGCUUAUCCAAGAUCCAUACUAAACAUCCAUCCAUCACUCCUUCCAGCUUUUGGAGGCAAAGGCUAUUAUGGUAUGAAGGUCCAUAAGGCGGUCAUUGCUUCUGGAGCAAGAUUCUCAGGUCCUACUAUUCAUUUUGUGGAUGAGCACUAUGACACAGGGCGAAUCCUUGCUCAAAGUGUUGUCCCUGUGCUUGCCAAGGACACUGCAGAGGAGCUGGCAGCAAGAGUUCUUCAGGAGGAGCAUCGGCUUUAUGUUGAGGUGACAACAGCACUGUGUGAAGAGCGGAUAAUUUGGAGGGAAGAUGGUGUUCCUCUCAUCCAGAGCAAGGAAAACCCCAGUGAGUACAGGUAGCAGAACCAACAUCAGCAAUUUCUGUUUUUGGUAUGGCUCAGGUCUCCAAAAUAUGACUUUUGAGUUUUGCCCAAGUCUUCUACCCACCCAAAACUAGGCAGCACUCCUACCCAGCUAAUUAUGGGGGGAAAUGAAGGAAAAAGAAAAGAGAGAACAAGAGUGUAGAAGCCAUUUUUAACUAGCAUAGUUUCUGUUCCAUUGUGUAAGGCUGAAUCGCCUUGCACUUGAUUUUUGUCAUGCAGUUAGGCUGAUUUUGUAUGAGUGUAACAGGCGGCUUUUAUUACAGGCAUCUGAGUUUAAAUUCGAAACUUAAUCAUUAAA